CCUGCUGCCGGCUCGCGAUCGGCCCGGCUGGGCAGCGGGCGAGGCGCCCUGCAGCCCAGAUCUUGGCCGGAGCUGUCAAAACCACGCCUAUGGAGAUCCACAAUUGGUCUGAAACGCGUAAAAUCAGCAAUCAAGGGGGCUUGGCUCAUUAGCGAGGGGAUCAGAGCAGGAAGGACAUGUGAGAGAGUCGCAGUUUUGCAGAGAUCGGGACGAGCUCUCAGCCGCUCCCACUCCGGGCCCCGCAGCCUCCGCCUGCCCGCCUGCCCGCGGGGUGGGCCGGCCGGGCGGCUCCCCGAGGAGCGGCUGCGCUGGGGGAGCCCCCGCGGGCCCGCGUCCCCCCGCGUGGAGCCGCAGAGCGCUUCCCCGGAGCAGCAGCGAUCUCCGCCUGCAAGCUGGGCGCCCCUCCCGCGCUCCCCCGCAGCCCCGGCUCGGGCCGGCUCGGACCUCCGUCCCCCUGGAUUUGUGGAUGCCCCGAUGAGAGAUCCAGCGUUCCCGGGGACUGCCAUGGCUUACCACCCUUUCCACGCGCCCAGACCGGCCGAUUUCCCCAUGUCCGCCUUCCUAGCCGCCGCCCAGCCCUCCUUCUUCCCGGCCCUGGCGCUGCCUCCGGCCGCGCUGGCUAAGCCCAUGCCGGACCCGAGCUUGGCGGGGGCGGCCGAGGCCGGGCUGCACGUUACGGCCCUGGGGCACCAUCACCAGGCGGCCCAUCUGCGGUCCCUCAAGAGCCUGGAGCCCGAGGAGGAGGUCGAGGACGACCCCAAAGUGACUCUGGAAGCCAAGGAGCUGUGGGACCAGUUCCACAAGCUGGGCACCGAGAUGGUGAUCACCAAGUCCGGCAGGAGGAUGUUCCCCCCGUUCAAAGUGCGGGUGAGCGGCCUGGACAAGAAGGCCAAGUACAUCCUGCUCAUGGACAUCGUGGCGGCCGACGAUUGCCGCUACAAGUUCCACAACUCGCGCUGGAUGGUGGCCGGCAAAGCGGACCCCGAGAUGCCCAAGCGCAUGUACAUCCACCCGGACAGCCCGGCCACGGGCGAGCAGUGGAUGGCCAAGCCCGUGGCCUUCCACAAGCUCAAGCUCACCAACAACAUCUCGGACAAGCACGGCUUUACCAUCCUGAACUCCAUGCACAAGUACCAGCCCCGCUUCCACAUCGUGCGGGCCAACGACAUCCUCAAGCUGCCCUACAGCACCUUCCGGACCUACGUGUUCCCCGAGACCGACUUCAUCGCGGUCACCGCCUACCAGAACGACAAGAUCACGCAGCUGAAAAUCGAUAACAACCCUUUCGCCAAGGGCUUUCGGGACACGGGCAAUGGGCGGCGAGAGAAGAGGAAGCAGCUGACGCUCCCGUCGCUGCGGAUGUACGAGGAGCAGUGCAAGCCCGACCGGGACGGCGGCGACUCGGACGCCUCGUCGUGCGAGCCCGCCCCGGCGCGAGACGCGCUGCACUCGCCCCUGGGCUCGGCCCCCAGCCCGCUCCGGCUCGGCCGCGCCGGCAGAGAGGAGAAGCCGAGCGCAGACAGCGACCCCGAGCCGGAGAAGCUGCCCGAGGAGCGGCGGGGCAGCCCGGGCGCGGAGGAGGCGAGCCCGCGCGGCAGCCCGCGGCCGCAGGAGGAGCGGGAGCGGGAGCGGGAGCGGGGCAGGGGGCGGCCCAGCCCGGACAAGGCCAAGGAGGGCGAGGGCCCGCGGGGCCCGGACAGGGACAAGGACAAGGACAAGGACAAGCCCGAGGGGCGGCGGAAAGAGCCGGAGGCGGCCAAGAAGGAGGCAGAGGGCGGCGGGCCGGGCAAGGAGCCCUUCGCCCCGCUGCUGGUGCAGACGGACAGCCCCCCGCACCUGGGCGGGCACCUGCAGAGCCUGGCGCUGUCGGGGCUGCCCGCGCAGCAGUUCUUCAACCCGCUGGGCGCCGGCCAGCCGCUCUUCAUCCACCCGGGGCAGCUGGCCAUGGCGCCCGGCGCCUUCUCGGCCAUGGGCAUGGGACACUUGCUGGCCUCGGUGGCCGGCGGCGGCAGCCUGGAGAACGGGGCGCAGGGCGCCGCCACCCCCUUCCCCUUCCACCUCUCCCAGCACAUGCUGGCGUCUCAGGGAAUCCCGAUGCCCACCUUUGGCGGACUCUUCCCUUACCCCUACACGUACAUGGCAGCGGCGGCGGCGGCGGCCUCGGCCAUGCCGGCCAGCAGCGCGGCCGCGGCGGCCGGCUCCCUGUCGCGGAGCCCCUUCCUGAGCAGCGCCCGGCCCCGCCUGCGCUUCAGCCCCUACCAGCUGCCCGUCACCAUCCCGCCCAGCACCAACCUCCUGACCACGGGCCUGCCCGCCAGCCUGCACCCCGGCUCCGACGGCUCCAAGGCGGGCAGCAGCCGGGAGCCCAGCCCCCUGCCCGACCUGCCCCUGCACAAAGCCGGCGGGCAGCGCGGCGCCCUGUCGCCCAAAGGCUCCAUGAAGGAGUCCAUCAACGAACUGCAGAACAUCCAGAGACUCGUCAGCGGCCUGGAGAGCCAGAGGGACGUGUCCCCCGGCCGGGAGUCCCCCAAGUGACCGCCUGAGCGGCCCCCGGGGCUGGGGAGCACUGGCAGCGUGUACAGCACAGGAUCCCUAUUUAUUGCAAGCAGCGGGGUGGGUGGGGGGCAGCCAGCGCCCCUCCAGGGCCAGCAGAGGCGGGAGGAGCCGGCCCGGGGAGCCCCGCGGCCCCCAGCCCCGCGCCAGGCGGGGGCACGGCUCGGGAAGCCCCCCACUUGCAGCCUCUGCGGCCCCGCAGGCGCAGGCGUGUGCCCAGCCUCCCUCGGACGGGAGAGGCUCCCCCCAGCCCGGCCAUCCUAGACGGGAGGCACAAGGCACAGACUCGCGCAGGACCUGGCGCAAGGAGAGCCAAGGACCUGCCCGCGCCCGGGCCGCCGAGAGCACAGCCCGCUGCCGGGGCUGGGAACCGACCUGUGCACCAGACAGAUAUUUAUGGAAUAAAUCGUAAUUUGUGUAAAUAAGCUCUAAGGAUCCCAGAAUAUGCAAAUCCGUAUUAAUUUAUUCAGAGUUGUACAUUGGUGUGUACAUAAUAUUUAGAGUUUUAACUCCUGACAUUUAAUUUUGUUUUGUUUUGGUUUUAUUUUAUUUUUUUUUGUUUUGUUUUGUUUUCUUUCUCAUUUUACAUGACCGCGUCUCUCGGCCCGGGACCCCGACCUGCCCGGCCCCCCUUAGCUCUGUGAUGGAAGGAGAUCUUGGUUUCUGUAACCGUGUUUCCCAAUGUUGCUUCUCCCGCCUGUGCUUCGGGCUGCCGUCGGGACGGGCUGGGCCGUCGUUGCCAUCGGACAGCAGGUCUUUAGGGGACUUUUUUUUUCCUCCCGAGGGAAACCAAAGGCGAUGCCCCGCGUCUCCCCGUCUCCCCGCAGCGCGGGCUCUAGGGAAUGCAGGAAUAAACCUCAGGUUUUUUUUAUUUUUCACUCCGGAACAAAUAAUAAUAAUAAUAAUAUUAAUAAGAAGAAAUUUAAAUCUCGCACGGGCUCUUCUCUAUAUUUGUUUGGGAAAAAAAAAUAAGGAAAAAAAUAACCUCCCCCCCUCCCCUUUCCAAACCAGACCCCCAAACCAAAGCAGUGCCCCGAGCGGAGGCGCUGGGGCGCGGGUCUCGCUGUGCGGGUUUGAUGACAUGCUCUCACCUCUGUCAAUAAAAAAUACUCAAAGGCG